AUGGUGAUUAACGUGGAAUACAAUCAGCUUGAUCCUCUGCUUAGAGCAACUGGAUAUCCUGAUGGUGAUGUCAAUUGUGAAACCGGCUAUUCUCCUUUUCCUGGAAACAUAAACCAAUUGAUUUUCGAACUUGGCCCUUACAUCGAAGAGCUUACAAAAACUGGAGGUUCUAUAAAGGAGUUUGUAAACCCCAAAUAUAAAGAUUCUAGCAAAUCUGCAUUUAAAUCUUCUACUCGGCUAGAGUGUAUGAUGCAAGAUUAUCCUAAAACAUUGCCUCCAUCAGCAAGGGUUGGAUUUACAGUGUUGGAUACAUGGCUUGCUUAUGCACCUGUGAAGAACAACCCUGAAGAUGCUGCUAAGGUACCCAAGGGAAAUCCAUAUCACAGUGCUACUUCCGGAGAAAUGGCCAUUUAUAGGGCAAACAGCCUCAUAUUAAGAAAGGCUGGGGUUAAAGUUGAAGAUCCAGUAAAUCAGGUGUUCAAUGGACAGGAGGUCGAAGUAUGGCCCCUUAUCACUUGGAAGCCCAAAUGGGCGCUUACUUUUGGAGAUAUUAAGAGAAAAGUGAGCGGAAGCUGUUCCAUUUCUCAGAAAUCUGCCAUGGUCAUCAAGGGACGUAACAUCUUUCUUGAAGAUCUCUCCUUGGAUGGAGCUCUUGUCAUUGAUGCUGUUGAGGAAACAGAGGGUUGGAUGAUCGAAAAUGUUGAUUACAAAGAUGUUGCAGCACCAGAGGAAGUAAGGAUCAGGGGUUUCAGAAUAAACAGGGUUGAGCAUUUGGAAAAGACAUACAGUGAGCCUGGAAAAUUCACCUUGAAGGGAUGA